AAAUGUUUAUACAGAAGACAGUGGAGAGUUCAUAUGUGAGACUGGAGGAGGGGAGAAAAGCAACAUUAUCAACAUCACUGUUAUUGCUGGUCCUGUGAUCCUGGAGAGUCCUGCUGUUCCUGUGAUGGAGGGAGAAACUGUGACUCUGAGCUGCAGGAACAAGACAACUUCCUCCAACUUCACAGCUGAUUUCUACAAAGAUGGAAUCCUCAUCAGGAAGAGCUUCACAGGAUACAUGACCAUCGGCAGAGUUUUAUAUUCUCAUGAAGGACUUUACAAAUGCAGCAUUUCAGGAGCUGGAGAGUCACCAGUGAGCUGGCUGAAUGUCACAGGUCAGAACACAGAUAGUUCCGAAAAUGUAAGCCAUCCUGCCACACCUUGGAUUAUUGUCACUGUUUUAUUGAGUGUUGUGUUGGUGGUGGGGGCACUGCGUCACUUUGGGAAAGAUCACUGGGACAGAGCACUGCUCUAUCUGUCAACUAAGGUGCGUACUUCAGAUUCAACAGAGCGUCAAACAGAGGCCAGUGCACCUAAUGCAAGCAGAGCAACAUACGCCACUGUAAAUAAAAACAGGAAAAAAACAGAUGAAGAUGGAUUGUCUUCUGGACCCUGUUACUACUUCGUAGAAGAGGAGUACGCUGAAGUAAAUGAAGAACCAGAAAAGUCCACUGCAAGAAGAACUUCGUCACAUGUCUAUCAACUUGUGCCAGAUGACGCUUUUUAUUCUGUAUUACAAGAGUAAGCCAUGGUUAUGGAUACACCAGUAAGAAUGUACUUUGCAUCAAGAGAAAUUGCCUGGAACCGUAAAAACUGAGAAACUGCUGCAAAUCCAGUUCACCACCCAUGAUCCUGCUGCUCAUCAGAAGGACCAGAAGCAAAUAGGCAGCAGUUCAGAGAAGGCCAGCCUGUUUCACUACUGAUCAUCUUAGAGUGGUGAUAAGCCAUUAUCCUGAUCAUCUGAUUGUUAUGAUGUCUGUGUUAUAUUGUAGAUGCCCUGUAAAGUGGCCUAACCCUACAUGGACUAAGGUUAUGUAAGGCCUAAUGUAUUUAUUUUAUAUUUUGUGAAAUAAUAACUAAAACAACUCUGGUCUUUCAGGAAACAUUUGUAUUUUCUGUCUGGCUCAAAUGGCAAUGAAGUUACAAGCAUUUAAAGAGUUUUUGUAAAAUGGGCCCACCUCUGGACCCAUUACUCAUUUCACUUUUUUAGUGAGUCUAAAUCCAUUUGGCCGUAUCAAAUGACAUAAGAGAUCUCACUACACACACAGUGGCUUGCAGUUAUCUAUUUGUAAAAAAUGUUCGGAAUCAUGUAUGAUUUUCAUUCCACUUCUCA